AUGAUUCUUCGUCGCUACUGUGAAUCCCAUGGCGACAUACAAUACUGCGAUGGCAGCGCCUGGUGGGACUGGGGACGCUGGGUGGCCUUUGCUGUAAUCGUUGGUUGUGCUUUCAUCAUAUUUUUCCUAUUUGCAUGCAGCAACGCUCGCCGACGUCGCAGGCAAGGCCUUCGUCCUCACCCUGGUACCGCCUGGCUUGCAGGCCCUCCUCCAGCCUACCAACAGCACCCACAGGCCUAUGGCGAUCCAUACUACCAGCAACCACCGCCGCCUCAAUAUACAGCUCAACCGCAAACCUAUGGAUAUUUCGGAGGACAGCAAACUGGAAUUGAGCUACAGUCGCCACCUAAUGCGUAUCACAAUGGCCCCGGUCCCUACCAGCCGCCAUCGGGUCCUCCAGGCGCUAAGGUGUAA